AUGGGUAAUGCGCUACUAAAUCAUUUUAUCUUUCGCCCACAUCCACCGAGUUAUGCAAAAAACAAUAAAAAUUUACAUUUUAUAAAAACGAAACAUAAAAGUAUUAUAUGCGGUUUUUAUUUAAACAAUCAUGCAGAUAUAACAAUAUUGUUUAGUCAUGGGAAUGCAGAAGAUAUAGGUGAUAUUGUAGAAUAUUAUGAUAGAUAUUCUAAGUAUAUAAAAGUAAAUAUGUUUAUGUAUGACUAUAGUGGUUAUGGUCAUAGUACAGGAUAUCCUAAUGAAGAGCAUAUAUAUAAUGAUGUAGAAGCAGUAUAUGAUUAUAUGAUUAAAUCAUUAUCUAUUCCAUCAGAAAAAAUAAUAGCAUAUGGUAGAAGUUUAGGCUCUACAGCCUCUGUACACAUAGCUACAAAAAAAAAUAUAAAGGGUUUAAUACUUCAAUGCCCAAUAGCGUCAAUACAUCGAGUGAUGUUUCGAUUAAAACAUACAUUACCCUAUGAUUUAUUUUGUAAUAUAGAUAAAAUACAUACUGUUAACUGUCCUAUUUUAUUUAUACAUGGUAUGAAAGAUAGAGUGAUAUCAUAUCAUGGAACAAUGGACAUGCUUAAGAGAGUAAAAGUAAAUACAUAUUAUUCGUUUAUUGAAGAAGCUGAUCAUAAUGAUAUAGAAAGAUUUUAUUUUAAGGAAUUGAAUUCAUCUAUAGUUACAUUUAUUUAUAUUUUAAAAACUAACACACGUUAUAUUGAUAAUAUUGUAAAUGACAUCUCAAAACUAAGUAUUCACAAAUUAAGAAAUAAAUAUAUAUUAAAUAAUAGUGAUGGUGUUAAAACGAAAUUAAAAGGUAUUAUGAACGAAAUUCAAAAAUCCAAUCAUAAAACUAAACCUGAAAAUAAGCGUAAUAACAUAUUUUACCGAGCAAAUUUAAACCCGUCCCGGACCUCAAAUAACGAAAACGAUUAUAAUACAGUUAAAGAAAACCAAGAAAGUAGUAAAGAUGUAACUAAAAUUAGUAAAGAGAACGAUCAUUAUUCAUCUGUGACAAGUAUUAGCACUAUAUUCGAACCAGAAGAAUGGAAAACUGAAGGAAUCCCUAAUAAAACAUUUUAUGAAAGUGAUGAUAUGAAUCUUGAAGAUAUUUCAGAGUAUUUCUAUAAUAAUGUAUCCCUUCUGCAUUUUUAUAAAGUUAAAAGAUGGGAAAAAAUUGUUAAUGAAAAUUAUAAUAAAAAUAGUAAACUGCAAUCUUGUAAAAAUAAAAUCAAUGGCACAUCUCAAAUGGACAUAUGCAGAAAAUAUAAUAAUUAUACAGAAAAUUCCAAUAAUAACAAUUCGAAUGAAUGUACUAAGCAUGGGAAUCUAAAUCAAAAUACAAAUAACAAUAAUUUUAUAAGUAGAAAUAACACUAGUAAAAGUGAAAGUAAAAUCAGAAACAAUAAUGGUAAAAAUAAAAUAAUUUAUAGUGCUUCUGGCAACUUAGACAUAAAUAGCAAUAGUAUUGCAUCGAAAAAAGGGGCGAAAAGUGGAAGUUCCAGUUACAUAUAUAGCCCAAAGAGAAAUAUAAAUCCAAAGAGAAAUAUAAAUCCAAAGAGAAAUAUAAAUCCAAAGAGAAAUAUAAAUCCAAAGAGCAAUUUAAAAAGUUAUAAUACACAAGGUUCAGAAAAAUUGAUCUCAAAUGGUGCAAGUGAUAGUAUGAGUUCUAUAAAAAGAGAUGAAUUAUCAAGCAGAGAAGGGAUAGCAAGUUUUUAUAAUAUAAAAAGCGAAUCAAAUAUAAGUAGUAAUAUGUCUGUAACUAGCGAUAAGAAAAUCAUCGCCAAGAAAGGGAAACAAAGUAGAAAUAAUAGUCACGAACAAGGUGGUAGCAAUUCUAGCGGUAAUAUUAGUGGAAAUGAUGCGUCGAAGAGUGAUGCCCUUAAAUGUUAUUUGAGUGAUAAUGUGGGUAAUAAUAAAAUUGAAAUAAAUAAAUUAAAGGGAAAAAUUCAAGUAAAUAAUAAUAACGUUAGUAAGUAUUAUGAAACUUCAAAUAAUGAAACAAAUUUUUUUGACAUUUCUCAAGAAAAUAAUACUUCGGAAUCUUCAAAAUAA